AUGGAAUCACGUUGGGUAUGCGGAUGUGUAGUUGUCAUGCUAUGUCUUGUUGUGUAGAUAUGUGUGUGUGACAGAGAAAUGAAAGUGUAUGGAUGUUUCAAAUGAUGCCAUCGAACACGAACGAUCAUAACCGUACAAAACUGUAUAUGUGGUGCUUCCAAACUGUUAAAUGGGUUCCUGUACUCUUCAUAGUUACGAUCGUCGUGUGGUCGUAUUAUGCAUACGUAAUUCAGCUGUGUAUAUUCACAGUGGUCAACAAUGUAGAGAAAGUGUUUUACCUACUUCUGUUCCAUCUGUUGUUCGCCAUUUUUUGCUGGGCGUACUGGCAGACAAUAUUUACAAAAAUAGGCAAAGUUCCAAGUCAGUUCAAAAUUCCACCUGAAGAACUCCAGAGACUAGAAGAAGCAGGUAAUGUGGAAGCAGAAAACCAAAUUCUGGAGCAGUUUGCACAGAAUCUACCUGUAACCACACGCACAAUUUCUGGAGAUAUCAGAUACUGUGGAAAAUGUCAGCACAUAAAACCUGACAGAACACAUCACUGUAGUGCAUGUGGUGAAUGUGUUCUAAAAAUGGAUCACCAUUGUCCAUGGGUUAACAACUGUGUGGCAUUUACAAAUUACAAAUUUUUUAUUUUGUUUCUGGGGUAUGCACUUCUGUACUGCCUCUUCAUCGCAUUUACAUCAUUGCCUUACUUCGUAAGCUUUUGGAAGGAUGAAUUGAAGACUGCUGGAAGAUUUCACAUAUUGUUCCUUUUUUUUGUGGCUGUCAUGUUCGCAGUUAGUCUUGCGUCUUUGUUUUCCUACCACUGCUACCUUGUUCUGAAGAACAGAUCUACACUCGAGGCCUUUAGACCUCCGGUUUUUCGUACGGGUGCUGACAAAGAUGGGUUCAGCUUGGGGACAUAUAACAACUUCCAGGAAGUUUUUGGAGACAACAGGAAACUCUGGUUCUUACCUGUUUUCACAAGUCUGGGCGAUGGUGUGGUUUUUCCAGUCCGGGCUCAGCACCAACCCAGCUCAUACAACUCGAUGGGCAGUACACAGACCAGGGACACACAGGAUGGAACAGCAUGUCAAGAAGGUUCAGCAUUUUCAGACUCUCAAACAAGCAAUAGAGGGGAUUACCAUGAUCCUCAUCACCACCAUCCAAAACAGCCUCUGUGUGAUCAUACAGCAAAUUGACAUGCAUUCUUUUCAGCAUUUGAUUAAGAAACUUUGUACCACAUAACAAAAGUGCCAAAGGGAAAUUGCAGGCAAGAUAAAAAUAAACUUUAAAACAUAUUUUGAAUAUUUUUUGAGAUCGUCUGUUAAGUUCACAACAGCAGUUCAUUAUAUCUUCUGCUGGACCAUAUUUGCAUGAUUGUGCUGCACUUUAUUAUGCUGUGUGUGUGUGUGUGUGUGUGUGUGUGUGUGUGUGUGUGUGUGUGUGUGCGCACACAUGUUCAGCUGUACACUUUUCACAACCUACGAAGCACUGUUACCUGUCAUUGUUGUACAUUAAGACCCAAUAGUACCAUGUAAAUUUUAACUGAAUUUAAUCUCAACAGCAGUACACGUUGUCUUGCCAUGGCAUUUGUGCAGAAAUGCUGCAGAAUACUUCAGCUACUCAUAUGUCCUAAAUCCUUAUUUUAUGAAAUAUACUUGCAAUCCAUAAAAAGAGGUGUGUGGGGGAGGUUGGGGGUGCAUGCAAAUGUGAGAUACAAUUCAGUUGUGUGUGCUGUGAGCAACUUCCUGAAUGAAUGUGUUGUAUGACUGUUGUAUGCUACUGUGCCUUUUCGGUAUAUUAUAAAUUUGUCUUCAGUUCUUCUGCUAACUUUUUUUGUUAAACGCAGUUAAAAUCUUAUUUGCCAGUUUGAAACCUCUCCAUUUUUACAGAGUAGUAUAUCAUGUUAGAUCUCAUAUUUAAUGAAUAAAAUAUUUGACUUUUAUUUUUGUAUCAUAUUAUUUUUGUAAUAAAAAUCCAAUGUUUUGUAAACUUAUAAGGCAAGCUCAGAUUAACAAAAAUUGUUACAGAGCUUAACAUGUAAGAGAUGUACAAAGUCAAUCAUACCCAGAAUUGAGACUUAAAUUAUGAAUUAUGUCCUAAAAGUUCUCUGUCUGACAAAGACUGUUCAGUGCCCAUAUUAAAAUGAGAUUUCUCCAAAUUAA